AUGGAGUCGCUCCCCCGCGAGCUCAUCGAUUUGAUCCUCCAACAAUGCGUCUCGGUAGGCCCCCGGAAUAACGUCCUGGGCCUGCGCCUCGUGUGCAGAGCCUUCGACCGCUUCCUCAAACCGUUCGCGUGCCAGACAAUCGCCGUCGAAUUCAGCAGGUUAAGCAGGACGAGCCGACGGCGGCGGCCCGAUUUCGACGCCCUACAGACGAUAGGAUACCACUGCAAGUCCAUGUACAUAGACCUCAUGGUCCUCCGUGAUGAACUGGAAGUCGAGUUCCUAUCCACCAUCUUCGACCGCAUACCCUCCAUGAAAGACUUCGUCCGGACCCUCCAGCGCGAAUACUGCAUGUCGCCCGCCUCCUUCACGACGAUCGAAUACCGAAAAACCCUCGAAACGAUCCUCUUCAACUGCCAAUUCGUCUCCUCCCUCCGCCUCAACCUCCCCUUCCAGCUCGUCGGCCACCGCUGCAACGCCGCCACCAUGAUCCUCGCAAACACCUUCUCCGCCUUCUCCCGACGCCCCGAGGACUCCCUCCCCCUCAAGACCCUCGUCCUCGAGAACGUCUCCGACCAGGCCGUCGUCGACCUCUGGACGAACCCCUCCGACGUCAUGGCCAUCAUGCGCGCCAUCCUCGAGCUCGAGCACCUCGUCCUCUCCUUCCGCCGCCACGAGGUCGACCCCCCGCGCGUCGCCUUCUACGGCACCUGCCUCUGGGACCUCAUCCGCAACGCCGACGUCCUGCAGACCCUCUGCCUCUCCGGCACCGACGACGACCGCCCCCCGCGCGGCCUCAAGCAGACAAAGGCCUGGAACAUGACCCUCGACGAGUGGCGCGCCCGCGCCCUGCCCCCUCCCCAGAUCGUCCUGCCCUGCCUCACGGCCCUCGAGCUCAAGCGCGUCGAGGUCACCCCCGAGGUCCUCCGCUGCGCCGCCCGCAACUUCGGCUGCACGCUGUGCGAGCUCUACCUCAACGAGGUCUACCUCAAGACCGAGCAGGGCCAGAACCUCAACGAGGACUCGAAGCAGAUCCUCUGGAUCGGCCUACCCAACCAACGCCCCGGCCUCGACGACGACUGGAUCGCGAUGAUGAUUCGCGAAUCCUGCCCCAAGCUCCAAACAUGCCGCGCCUCGUUCCUGGGCUACGACCUCUACAUCCGGGACGACCUGCCCCCUUCCCCCGCCCCCUCCUCGCCGGACUUCGACUUCGUCGACCCCUGCGGCUUAGGUCGCUCCAUCGCCCAGCGCUUCGUGGAGGUCGUCCUCGGCUACGCCCAGCCGCGGCAGAUAGACGGCACCCCCGUCUGCUUCCUCCCCGUGCUCGACUCCAACGACCACCUGCUGAACCAGACGCGGCCGCGGACGCGCGCGCUGAGGAUAGCCGAGUACGACGUCAACGCGUACCAGACCGCCGUGCGCAACGCGACGAGCGGCUGGCAACGCAGCAUCGACGGGGUGUUCCCGAACUGCAACAGCGGGACGCUCGAGGAGCUGCACUACAUCGCGGAAACGGCGUGUCAGGGCAUGAACGAGAUUCAACGGCAGCGGAACGAGCACAUGAAUCACGGGGAGGAAGGCGGCGGUGACGGGCCCGGGGAGGGGCCCGGCGAUGGAGGGAAUGAUGGUGCUGGAGGAGGCGGAGGAGGAGCAGGCGGCCAAGGUGGUGGUCUCGCCGAGAAUCUCCUUAACCUGAAUUUCGCAGAUAAUUGA